AAAUAGUCAUUUUGUGUGCUUUUAGAUAUUUCUAAGCGCAUUAUAUUUUUUUAAUUCGCUUACACAUUCUUUUCUUUUAAACUGCGGAAGUUCUGUUAAAAAUAUACACUUGCAUAAUUUACAUUUCAGAGUAGGAAAUUAACAACAUGUCUACCACUUCACAAAAACAUCGCAAUUUCGUUAGCGAACCAAUGGGCGAUAAGGAGGUGACUGAGUUGGCUGGGAUUGGACCUGUGCUUGGUGAUCGCCUGAGAGAGAAUGGUUUCGACAAGGCGUAUGUCGUACUUGGUCAGUAUUUAGUGUUAAAAAAAAACGAAGAGAUGUUUACAGAAUGGCUGAAAGAGGUGUGUAAAGCAAACAAAAAACAAAGUAGUGACUGUUGUGGCUGUUUAAAGGAUUGGUGCGACGCGUUUUUGUAGUUGCCAUGUUUUUUAGGUGUGGUAUACAGAGAAGCACGAUUUUGAAUAUUUGUAGACAGCACUUGUUGCUUAGUAGCAAUAUAAAACUUAGUGGGUAUGAUUUUAAUGGUAUGCCACUUUUAUUCUCUUGUAUGAAGCUGUGUUUAUUUAGAAGUCGUUUUCUUGAAAACGAGCGGAUAUUGUCUUUAUUUUAGCUGUAUAAUAAUAAAAUUUAUAAAGAAAUUUA